AUGGAUUCAUCAGAUAAAUCCUUCCCUUCAGUGAUGGAGACAGACAGACUUCCUGUGACCGAUGAUGCAUUUGAGAUGACUCCUUCUUCUUCUUCUUUUUGUGAGUCAUCUUCACUAGAUGAAGAUGACUCACAAAAAGAAGAAGAAGAAGAAGAAAAAGUCUUAAAUACAUCAUCGGUCACAGGAAGUCUGUCUGUCUCCAUCACUGAAGGGAAGGAUUUAUCUGAUGAAUCCAUCACUGAAGGGAUGCAUUCAUCUGAUGAUUUGAUGGAUUUAUCUGAUGACUCCAGUACUUCAGACGACUCUCCAAAUAACUCACAACAAGAAGAUGAUGAUGACGACUCAGAUGAAUCAGAGAUGAGUGAUAAUGAACCAGUUGCUCGUGGUGGAUGGGUGGUUACUAAUGCGAACAGGGCAGUCACUGGUCAUAACGGUGCGGAGCCUGCUCAGAACGGGCUGGAGUCUGUUCAAAACAGUGUGGUGACCGGUCGGAACUGGACGGUGACUGCGACAAACAGCAGUGGCAAGAGUAGUCGAAAAAGGGCAGUGACUGCUCGAAACAGGCCGGAAUCAAUCAUCACUCAACCAAAAGUGUUGGAUGAACCAGUUAGCUCACGGACCAGGGCGGCCACCGCCAAAUCACAACAAGCUCUAAGCCCAGCUCAAUGUCUGCACAGGAAACAAGCACAGAAGUAA